AUUAGAGAUUUUUGUUGUUGUUGUUGUCUAUCAAUCUUUUCUCUUCGAUCGCUGGAUCUUGAAGAUCUCUAGAUUUUUCUCAUCUCUCUCUUUCGCUUUUUGAGUCCGUCUGGGUUUUUUUGGGGAGUUCUUGUGAGAGAAUCUAGGGGUUUUUCUCUAGAUAACCAAAAAAAAAAAAAAAACUAAAAUCUCGAUCGGGUUUUGGUUUCUGGGAUUUUGUGUUAAUCGAAGAAUCGCCAUUUUCUUUGAUUUUACUCAUAUUUUUUUUUGUUUAUUGUUAAAUUUGUGAUCUUUACCGAGAGAUCACUGGAAGGGGUGUUUUAAAUUUUGAUUUUUUUGAGGGUGAUUUUUUUGGUUGUUGAGCGGUAUUGGGUUCCUUCUGUUGUUGAAAGAUUUGUUCAUCUUUCUAUCUAUCUAUACUUUGUAUUGUUUGGUUUGGUUGCUGAGAAAACUACAAAAAAAAAAAAAAAAAUUCAAUCUUUCUGAAGAGGAUGAUGCAACAAGGUCAGGAGAAGAAGAACAUGAAGGAGGUGGAGUUUUUCACAGAGUAUGGUGAUGCUAACCGUUAUAGGAUUCUUGAAGUUAUUGGGAAAGGAAGCUAUGGAGUUGUUUGUGCUGCUAUUGAUACUCACACUGGAGAGAAAGUGGCUAUUAAGAAGAUUAAUGAUGUCUUUGAACAUGUCUCUGAUGCUCUCCGUAUCCUCCGUGAGGUUAAGCUUCUCCGGCUCUUGAGGCACCCUGAUAUCGUUGAAAUCAAAAGCAUUAUGUUGCCGCCUUCUAAAAGAGAGUUCAAAGAUAUAUAUGUUGUGUUUGAGCUUAUGGAAUCUGAUCUUCACCAAGUCAUCAAAGCUAAUGAUGAUUUGACUCGUGAGCACCAUCAGUUUUUCCUUUAUCAGAUGCUUCGUGCUUUGAAGUAUAUGCAUACAGCUAAUGUUUACCAUCGUGAUCUUAAACCGAAGAACAUAUUGGCCAAUGCAAACUGCAAGUUGAAAGUCUGUGACUUUGGACUAGCAAGAGUGGCGUUUAAUGAUACACCUACUACAGUCUUUUGGACGGAUUAUGUUGCCACAAGAUGGUACAGGGCACCUGAGCUCUGUGGAUCAUUCUGUUCUAAGUACACUCCAGCAAUUGAUAUUUGGAGCAUUGGCUGCAUCUUUGCUGAGGUUUUAACAGGGAAACCUUUGUUUCCUGGAAAAAGUGUCGUCCAUCAGUUAGACUUAAUUACCGAUCUUCUUGGCACACCAAAAUCAGAGACCAUUGCUGGAGUUCGAAAUGAAAAGGCUAGAAAAUAUUUGAACGAAAUGAGGAAGAAAAUUCUUGUCCCCUUUUCGCAAAAAUUUCCUAACGCAGAUCCUUUAGCAUUGCGCCUUUUGCAAAGACUAUUGGCUUUUGAUCCAAAGGAUAGACCGACUGCGGCAGAGGCGCUGGCUGAUCCUUACUUUAAGUGUCUUGCUAAGGUUGAAAGAGAACCUUCUUGUCAGCCGAUCUCGAAGAUGGAAUUUGAGUUUGAAAGACGAAGGUUGACAAAGGAUGACAUCAGAGAACUAAUAUACAGGGAGAUACUAGAAUACCAUCCGCAGCUGCUCAAGGAUUAUAUGAACUCUGAAAGCUCAAGUUUUCUAUAUCCUAGUGCCAUCGGUCACUUGAGGAAACAAUUUGCGUACCUAGAGGAAAAUAGUGGCAAAAGUGGGCCAGUCAUACCUCCAGAGAGGAAGCAUACUUCACUUCCACGAUCUUCAGUUCACUCCAGUGCAGUAAACUCCAACGCUCAACCCAGUUUGAAUGCAUCAGACACUCGACGCGUUCCUUUCGAGCCUCCAAGAAAUGGAAUAGUUCCAUCAACUUCAGCAUAUUCAACUAAACCUUUAGGGCCUCCACCAAGAGUACCAUCAGGUAGACCAGGCCGUGUUGUGGAAUCAUCUGUAACUUAUGAAAAUGACAGAAACCUCAAAGAGUCGUCCUAUGAUGCUAGGACAUCAUAUUACAGAAGCACGGUACUCCCUCCGCAGACGGUAUCUCCUAACUAUUUCUUCCAUCCUAACUCCAUGAACCAAGAGAAGCACCACGGUGGUACAGCUGCUGCUUCUCAACCAAAACCGCAGUUUGUCCCCUCCCAAUGCAACUCCGUGAAGCCAGCUGAGCUGAACCCAAACCCUUAUGUCCAAUCACAGCACAAGGUGGGUAUUGAUGCUAAGCUGUUGCAGGCACAAUCCCAAUUUGGUCCUGCUGGAGCUGCCGCGGUUGCAGUAGCAGCACACCGGAACAUGGGUGCGGUUGGGUAUGGCAUGUCUUAGAAUUUAGCACAUUGGCGCUGUUGGCUAUUGCCAGAAACUCCUCUCGUUAGUUGUUAUGUAAUGUAAGUAUUAUUCGAUCGAAGCCUGAUUUGAACACAUUUGAGAUUGUAAUAAAAAUGGUUCAGUUUUUAACCCCA